GCAAAAUACAAUUUAAGAAAGCUAUUUUUCUUGUCGAAAACCGGUUACUAUAACGAUCUUCUGGCAUUUACCCUCCUGCUGUGCCGAUACCUCCCACAGCCAAUUCGUUCCUCUGGUAACCACCGCCGAGGAAAUCCAUUCCAUCGGCUACGGCACAGAAGCGGCCGCGUCUAUCAUUGUGUAGUCAGCCACAGUGAGGUGGAACAAACGUCGAAGAAAGCUCGGUCGAAUAGGAAGAAGUUUUUUUGAUUCACAAACUUGUUCUUUUCUGUUAUUUGGGCACUGCGCCAUCUCCGCUCUUUUCUUCUCUUCUCGCUCGGCCUGUUAUCCCUUUUCUUUUUUCUGCGGGACCGCUGUGUUGGAGAGGGCUUAAUCGCUUUUGCUGAUCAUUCUCGCACUUCCACACCCGCACAUUAUUCGCCAUUUCUGGUUGGCGGGUGUGUGUGUCUGUGUCUGUGUCUGUGUCUGUGUCUCUCUGUCUGCUGGUGCUUUUGGUUUCCUUUUCCUUUUUGUUUUUGUUUUUCAGAACUAUAACAACUGCUUCUCGGCCCUCUCACUCACUCAUUCGCUCUCUAUCUCUCUCUCACACUGACUUUUCUUUUUGUUUGUUUUGCUUAAUUGUUUCUCGAUUCUUAUUUGGUUUGUUUCCGUCAUCGCGACUCCACUCUGGUUUCUUUGUUUAUACCUCACUGCAGCGUGAAAGGGGAAUCGUUUUAUUGUUGAUGUGUUGUUUUUCUCUCCUCCAUUCUUUCCUUCCUCCUUGAACCCCGGCGCUUUCUUUUCCCUCCUUCUCAGAAACCUCACGGUGACGCCGUCUUGCGCUUCGCUUUUCUCUCCGUUACGAUCGCCGUCUUUCUCCCUGUUCGUGUCGCUGCUGUGGUCCGUUUCCGUGUUUGACCGUUUCUCUCUCUCCCACGCACGGCGUUGCUCGUCAACAAAGCAGAUAUAUAUAUCGAGGGAGACACUUUUGUUUGGGUAUUCUGUGUGUGUGUGUGUGUUUGAUAGAGUAAGUGUGUGUGUGACAGAUCUUCUAUCGAGUUGUCUAAUAUUGCCCAUAUAUAUCUGUAUAUCUGUACAUCUUUUUCAGAAAAGUUGUAAGGUCCUUGAGUGACGAUCUGUGGUUUUUGUGUCUGAACAUCCUUGUGUGUGUGUGCGUGUGUGCCUGUGCUUCCGUCGCACAGACAACCUUCUUUUUUUCUUCUUCUUCUGCACAGUUAAGAUUUGCGGCUACGCGCAAGGGUUUUUAUUUAAGUGUUUUAUUCACUGUUAUCAUAACUGCUGUGAAAUUGACCUCCGUCUGUCUUGUGUUGUUGUUGUUUAUAUGUUUUUACGCCAUCGGAUCUGUGCUGCUGCCUCCUCAUUUGUGUUUCGGUGGAUUUCUUUUCAGCUUUUUGCCUGCAUUCGCCGUCGCUGUAUCAUCAUUUGUUAUUAUUAUUAGUAUUACGCUGCCGUUCUUCUUGCUGUUGUGGUUGUUGUUGUUUUGUGGCUUCUGCGGCACGUAUACCACCGGUGUCAGCCUCUACAGUUGCGAUUAAAGUGCCGUCAAACUACCAUCUUUUUUUUCUCUUUCCGCGUAUUCGCUGGUCAGGUGUUUUCCUUCUCUUCAAUUAAGCUGUUAAACCUGGUCUCUUCCUUUCUCGCUCUUUUCAUUAAUAUAUUUGUAUAUAAAUUCUGAUCCGCAAUCAAUCGCACCUGCCCGAUUUCUCGUGCCGGGUGCUGCGCACAGAUUCCCCCUUGUACCUUGUUUGUGUUUUGUUUCGUCUCUCUCGCUGCCUACAGCUGCGUACGUCCUGCAUCGUUGGCCUCCGCAGUAGCCACAGUUGUGCGUGCGCGGUGUUGCUCCGUCCCCCGCCGACCUCCGACCUUCUGCACACUGCCACUUUCGGCUUCUCUGGCUCUUGUGUGUGAAGGCGUGGGGAUUCGCAAAGGAGCUUGGAGCACGUUCAGCCGCCCCCCUCUUCCCUCCCUUCCUGUUUUGGCUGUUGUUGUCUUUAUAUCUAUUUGCUGCCUUUUAACAGAGUGAGAAGCGAGGUGUAAUAAGAUAUAUAUACCGCCUGCACGUCAUGUCCGCCAUUCCUCAAUACCACGGCUGCUUCACGCUCCUCUACGGCGACCCCGAGGUGCGGGAGCAGCAGCAGUACCUGCAGCCUCUCUACGGUCUGACAGCGGAGGACGACCCACCCAUCACACGACACCCACGUGUGUCGUCGCAGGACACGUCACUCAGCAGCGGCGGCAGCAGCCUCGUCUCAGCCGAGGACACCCACGACGAGGUGUUCCACCUGCAGCGCAUUUGGAUUCCCGGUGAGCCGGCGGUGCGUCGGCACAAACAACCCCGUAUCGCGACUGUCUUGGCACGCGCCACGACGGGUGGGGCGACAGCAGCGACAGAGGUGGAAAACGAGGCCGCUGAUGACGACGAUGGCGCAGAGGCGAGAGAUGGAGAGGGCCGCAUCCAGGCACUGCCGCGCGGCAACAACGAAGAAGAUGCAGAAGCAAACCCUGCUACUACUACAACAGCGGCCACUACCACCGCAGCCGCAGCGGCAGCAGCAAGAGCAGCCCCGCGUCCACCCCGCACCAUCAACCGCGUGGAGCUGAGCCUCUACGCGGACCUCUGCACCGGGGUGGUGGGACCGCAGCCCGUCUUUGGCGGUGUUGCCCUGAAGGGGGACGGACGCGUCCCCUCCACCACCACCCUUUCGGAUCCUUCUCCUCCCCCUUCUACGCCGGCGACGCAGCCGUACCUGUUUAACUCCACGGGAGCCCCGCUGCUGUCGAGCAUCGUGGAGGCAGACGCACUACGGCGGCUGAAGGCGGCACGUACGCCCUACCCGGCCCCGCAGUCGCGCAGCGGACACGUUCUGCUGCCCUACCCACCCCGUGGUUCCUUAAUCCUCUACGGCGGCCUCGGCGACGACCCCUUCAACGACGUCUGGGAAUACAGUACCAUCACGGGGCGGUGGACGAAGCUGGACUGCGUCCCCGCCGCGGACGACAAUGCGGUGGCGGUGCCGCCGUCGCAGCAGGAGCGGCAGCAGCACCAACGAGAAGGCGAAGCAGCAGAGGAGGAUUUGGGCAGCCGCGGUGCAGAGGCCGUCGGUCGCAACGACGAUGACGAGGAGCAAAUCCUGGAAGUUACGACGCGUGUUCCGCGACCUCCGCGAUCGCGACGGCGGCACUCCGUCUCUGAGAUGGAGAACUUCAGUGAAAAUGAUGACGACGAGGUCUUGGAUCGCCCUCGACCGGACGAGACCGUUGCUGAGUUUAUCGCCCGUGUCCAGGCCGAACGCCGCAUCCACAACCCCUCUCCCUCCGCUUCCGAGUACGACGAGUAUGAUUACUAUUACGGCGAUGACGAUGAAGAGGAUGGUGGCAGCUCUCUGAGCGACAGCGACGAUGACGCGGACAUGGAGGACAUGGAUGAGCGCAACGAAGAGACGGCAACGGCCGCGUCGCGGGGGCGCAACGUCGGUCACAACCGAAACAUGCCUCCGCCAGCCUACGGUCAGUCCGCCGCCCUCUACGUCGACGAGAACGGCGACACCUGCAUGGCCGUCUUGGGCGGCAUCACGGUGGGCGACGUCUGCGUGCACGGCUUCUUCUCGCUGAAUUUGACGACGCUGACGUGGCGCCGGCUGGAGACGACGUCGCGGAUGAAAGAUGUAUGGGGGGCGACGGCGCAGACACUCAUCGCCCCCCGCCAGUAUCCACGGCAGCCGCCCGCCAAGGCAAACAAUCCGCACAUCGAUCCCAGCAAGAAGGAGGAGCAGGUCGUCGUGCUGUUUGGCGGUAUGACUGCCAUGGGGGAGGUCAUCGACCCCACCACCCACGUCCUCCACCUCGACCACCCCCUCACGGCGGAAGAGGUCACCGCCAACCCGGCGCUGUUCCUCGACAGCAUCGAGUACGACAAGACGGAAAGCGCGCGGGUGAUGCACCACGUGCUGCGGGAGGAGGACGCAGCGGCGCAGGCGCGAGACGCCGCGCCCGCCGACGACAGCCAAACCGUCGGCCUCGAAGAACGGUGUGCCAGCUGGCGGUUGGCGCACGCCCGUCGGCUCGUGCGGUGGCGCGAGCGUGCGUUGCGGCGUAUGGUGGGCAAGUACUGGACGGAGAUGAUCCCGGCUACCGGUGCCCUGCACGGCCGCCGUCGCCCCACCAGUGCCGCCUUCCAGCGCCAUUACAUGUACAUCUUUGGCGGCCGCGAUGACUUGUACUUCUACAACGAUCUGUGGUGUCUGAAUAUUGUGACGCGUAUCUGGGUGCAAGUGCGUGACGGCAUCCCGACCCCCCUCCUCCGGCGCUUCCUCGACGAGCCCGAGAACCACCACAUCGCGCUGCAGCUCAGCGAGCGCGGGGCGCAGCUGCGUCGCCGCACGGUGGCCGCGGUGGAGGCGAAGCUCGCGCAGCACCCCACGAACCCCACCAUGAGCAACAUGAUCCGCGGCCGCGACGUCCACCACGCACUUUACUCCAGCUCGGUGAACAGCACGGCGCGGGCGCGGACGGGCGCCUGCAUGGUGGUGGACGUGCAGCGGGAGUGCCUGUACGUCUACGGCGGCUUCUCCUACACGGGUCAGCAGCACCUCACCUUCUUUGAUCUGCACGCGUACUACGUGAAGGAGAACGUGUGGCGACGGGUGGCGAUCUGCCACGGCCGACCGUGGGCCGCCGCCUUGGACGCGGAGCAGGACGCGGUGAGUUUGGUGGACCCCUGCGAGGAGGCCCGACCCUACCCACGACACGCACGCCCGCCGGAAGGAGCUCAGAAUGACCUCCGUCGAAGCGAGUCCUCUUCCGCUGCUCCGUCACCAUCCGUGCUGCCGCUGACGCUGAUGGGGUACGCCGCACGUCACCUCCGCUCGCAGACCCGGAAAGAGGCGAAUGCGUCCCCUUCGUCGGUCUGCUCACCCGAUCGCGCACCGCCGGCACCGCUGAUGGUGCGUCGUGGGCAACGCUGGUCGUGCGGCGAUGCGAACAGCGCCGAAGACGGCGGUGAUGAUGCGGAGGCGGCUGUUCUCGCCUCGCCGCAGCCGCAGCCGGUGACGUCCGCCGACUACUUCCACCUGCCCACCUUCAUCCCGGAAGCACGCACGAUGGCAGCCAUGGCGGAGGAUCCGCUGUACCCUGGAACCCGCUUCUUUCUGCACGGCGGCCGCUCCGGCGAGGAGGCCUGCGGCGACCUCUUCGAGCUGCGCACCGGCGUCAGUCGCACGGUAGACGUCGAGUACGCUAAAACGCAGCGUGCGACGCGGCUGGAGGCGCAGACGGCGGCGGCGACGAGCAUGAACAGCUCGCCGACGUCUCCGCUGGGUCGAUCCCAGGCAAACAACAGCACCUCCGCCUCCACGACCGCCCCACCGAAUCCUCCAGCAAAUCCAACGGCGGCUGCACCCGGUGGACCAACGUUCAUCUCGGCGGCCUCUACCGCCGCUGCCGUCGCCACCGCCUCGGGCACGCAGGCGGACGUGAGCCGGCUGCAGCUCCGAAACCGCCGACAGCUGCAACGUCAGCUGAUCAGCGCCGCGUUGGAGCUGCAGGAGGAGUUCGAAGACGCGCCCGCAGCGCACGCGGCGACGCUCGCGCAGGCUGCCCCGCUGCCCCGCCACUCUCUGCGGGAUGCAGCGACGCGCUGGAUCCGCGAUGGCCUUGCGGUGGCGGACCCGAAGUCACUCAUGUUUGUCGAACUGCGCAACGGUCACGCCGUGGUGAACCUGCGGACGCACAUUCACUACUCGAGUCGGCUGAGCCUGCUGGCGAGCAGCGAGCAGCGGACGACGGAGGAGGCGGCGGCGGCGGGUCCUCCCGCAACAGGCACCACAACAGCAACGACAACGUCGUCGGCCGUUCUGGCCGCGCCUCGCAGUGGGUACGGCGGCGUGCGGCGCUCGAACUCCGGUCAGGACCUGUCCCAAGUGAAUCCGCCCCCUGCGUUCUCCGUCUCCCCUUUCCCUUCCUCUGUCGUGUACCGCACUUCCCUGGAGCAGCAGAUGGCCAGCCUCGAGGGCGCCCUCAAGCGCGCCGCCCUGUCGCUGGAGAUUCUGCUCUACGACGUUCUGCUCUCCAAACCGAUGUGCAACGGCAGCGGCAACAACAACAGCGCAGGCGAAGGGGUGUUGAUGACAAGUCCAUGCACGCACAGCGCCGUCUUGACCACCUCGCCGGAGAACAACGCCGCCUUUCCACCCUUUCCGCUGGGCGAUGGCACGCCGGGUACGAGUCCAGGCAAUCCCACGCUGCCGCCACCCACGUCUCCGCAUGUGCAGAUCGUGAGCCGUGCGCAGUACUCGACGCCACGCACGCAGCAACAGCAACUGCAGCAGCCAAAUGCCUUUCCCCUCCCGCCGCUGGAGGUGAGUGAGGCGCGCACGUCGGAACACCCCGCCCCCUCGCCUGCGCUGACGCGUCGCGGCAGCAGUUUCCACGGCAGUGGCAACAGCAGCAGCAAUGGUGCCAGCUUUCAGCAGCCGCCCACGAACAACGAGUACGACUACCACAUCCUCCUGCGCAGUCUUUUCCACCACGAGCCGUACUACAAGGCUUUUGGGGCCAAUGAAAAGAAACGCUAA